UUUUUUGAUCCAUUUUGAAAAGAAUUGAGCAUUUUUUUUUCAUAUAUCCAAGGAUGGAUGAUAAUAGUAAUCCAUUGUAUGUUGGUUAAAAUAGCCAUUUCUUUCUACGUGCUGAAUUGAUUUUGAAAGCAUUCUGAUUCGUGGUGUUUUUAUUUUGCUAAAAAACAAAGAGUGAACCAUUUCGAAAAAGAUUGCCAUUUUUAUUAUAUAAUCGUUGCUGGUCAGUGGUUGUGUGCUGAUUUAUUUUUAAACUUUUCAUUAAUUGCAAGAUUUCGUUUUAUUUUUGGCUGCUUUUUGGUGUUUUAUCUACGUUUUGUGAUUUCUAUUUUGGAAGUUUUACUUUUUGAAAGAUUCUGAAAUCAAAUUAAUAUUAUGUCAUCGCUCGAAGAAUCAUACCAAAAGCGUAAAAAAGCUUUACGUAAAUUUGAUGAUUAUUUCAAUAGUUUAACUGAUGGCCAUGACGAAGAACUUUGUUUAGAAAAAAUGAAUAUACGUCAAUUAAUUGAACAGAUACGUUCUUUUAAUCGUAAUUUGGCUGAUGAUGAUAAUCUUUAUGAAGAUGAAUUAGUCGAACAAUUCAAUUCACGUGCACAUCGUUUGGCUAAAUUUCUUAAUGAUUCAACAGAUAUUGGUAUGGACGAAGAAUUACCAAAGAAAAUGAUGAUCAACAAAGAUAUACAAAUAAAACCAUCACAACGACAAUCUGAACCAAGAAUGUUUCAAAAUGAUGAUUUUGAUCUAAACAAUGAAAAUGAUCAUAUCGAUUCGUUACUCACUAUAUAUUAUAUUGGUGAACUGGAAUUGACCGAUAACAACUGGUUUGAUUAUUAUCCAAAACUAAUGGAAUUCAUUGUGAGAGAUCCAAAAAUACCGGAUGAAAGGACCAGAAUCAAUUAUUUGAAACAAACUGUUCAAAAAAAUCCGAAAGCAAUUCAAUUAAUUAAAGAUGAAAGAUCGAUAAAAAAUGCUACAAAGAUUCUAGAAGAACAUUUUGAUGAUUGGACUCUACAAAAACGUGCGUUGUUCAUUAAAGAAAUGAUUGAAAAAUUCCAUUUCGAUAAAAAUCGUGAAAGUGAUGAGGCUAAUUUUCGUCAAUUACUUGAUAUUGCAUUACAUAUCAGGUUUAAUGUUAGUGAAGAAUUUCAACAAAAAUAUUUUCCCAUGAUUUUGUAUAAAUUACCGAAUUGGAUUCGAGCUCGAACACUUUCACAUUUCAUACGAAUGAUGAGAGCUAAACUUCGAAUAUAUGAUGCACAACAUGUUUUAAAAGCUGGAACAUACGAAGAAUUGGAAAAAUUAUUUGAUCGUUUAAUCGUCAAUGGAAGACCAUGUCCAAUUUGUUAUCAUCUUCACAAUCAAAUGAAAGCUCAUCCAAUUGUUCGAUGUCGACAUUUAAAUGAAUUUCGUAAUAGAUUUAAUAAUCGAAAUUCUAAUAAUUUAACAAUGUCAAUGGCUGAUCUAUCAAUUUCAUCAAAUCAAUUGUCGAAUGAUCAAUCUGGUAGAAGCAAUCAAAAAUGGUGAUGAAAACAUUAUAUUACAAAAUAAAGAAGAUCAAACGGUUCGUUUGACUUAACUUGAAGCAAUUUUUUUUCAUUACUCUGAACAUAAAUAAUCAUCAAUCAACGAAAUAAUUAAACGGCGAAAGAAAAAGAAUGGUAAAAGUGGUG